GGAUGAGCUGUGGCCCGCCGGCGCGCAUGGCUCCCCGGGCGGUCUGGCUCCUGGUCGCGCUGUCCGGUGUCCUGAACGCGCGCUCCUGCCAGGCGUACCCCUGUCAUCCCAUCUGCCGCUGCACCCCCGACACGUUUCAGUGCAACAGAGACACUCAGCUGGCAGCAGGAACAGCUGAGCACCGCCUGAGGCUCACCCAUCUGCCCUUGAAACAAGUUCCCACUCAUGCUUUCAAGGAGCUGAUGAACAUUACCAUAAUAGAGAUCUCCCAGAGUGACCGCAUCACGGCCAUACAGAGACACGCCUUCCUCUCCCUCCACAGUCUGCAGCAAAUCUUAGUGCUGAAUAUCAACAGUCUGAGGGGGAUUGAAAGAGGGGCUUUCACUGACCUACCCCGGCUGGAGUUUUUGACCAUCUCUAACACCGGCAUGAUGCAUUUCCCCGAUUUCACAUCCGUCUCCUCCUUGACCCCCAGCAUUCUCCUCGAAAUGUUAGACAACAUGAGGAUAGACGUGAUUCCUGCAAACUCCUUCCGGGGCAUGACGAAGGGACAUGCUAACAUGAACCUGGUUAGAAACGGCUUCAAGGAAAUACAAUCUCAUGCGUUCAAUGGCACCAAGCUCAACAACCUAAUUUUGAGAGACAACAGAUUCCUAAGUUACAUUGCAGAAGAUGCUUUUGAAGAAGCCACAGGUCCCAGUUAUCUGGAUGUGUCCUCCACGGCUCUGAGUGCCCUCCCCGCCAAAGGACUCACACGGGUACAGACCCUGAAAGCCACCGCUACUUUUGCCCUGAAAAGCCUCCCCCCGUUACAAAGCCUGGCGGAACUGCUGGAGGCCGAGCUCACGUACCCGAGCCACUGCUGUGCCUUCGACAAAUGGCGGCGGAAACAAAGAGAAAAUGCUUUGAAGAACUCUACAAAGUUAUGCAAUCUCAGCGAAACAGAAAUAGAGGCCACGGAUGACGGCAUGAAUCUCGUCAACGAUAUCAAAUUUGAGUACCCCGACCUGGAAUUUGACUGUGGUAGCAACCCCUUUGUAAUUUGCACGCCAACGCCAGAUGAUUUCAACCCCUGCGAGGACCUGCUGCGCUACGCCUUCCUGCGCUGCCUCACCUGGAUUAUCACCAUUUUCGCCGUGGCCGGUAACCUUGCCGUCCUGGUCAUCCUGCUCGUUAGUCACCACAAACUGACCAUCUCCCGGUUCCUCAUGUGUAACCUGGCCUUUGCUGACCUGUGCAUGGGUCUGUAUUUGAUGCUCAUCGCUUUCAUGGACUUCCACUCCCGUCACGAGUACUACAAUCACGCCACAGACUGGCAGACGGGACCUGGAUGUGGCACAGCCGGCUUUUUGACAGUGUUUGCCAGUGAGCUGUCAGUGUACACGCUGACUGUGAUAAGCAUUGAGCGCUGGCACACCAUCACCAAUGCCAUGCAUGUCAACAAGAGGCUGCGGAUGCACCAUGUGACAGCCAUGAUGGCUGCAGGCUGGGUCUUCUCUCUUCUGGUUGCCUUACUCCCCCUGGUGGGAGUUAGCAGUUACAGCAAAGUGAGCAUUUGUCUGCCAAUGGACAUCGACACCCUGAGCUCUCAGGUCUACGUGGUGACCUUUCUCAUCCUCAAUGUUGCCGCUUUCCUGGUGGUGUGCUUCUGCUAUAUAGGCAUCUAUGUCAGCGUGCGCAACCCGGAGCACUCGACCCGGAACGGAGACACCAAGAUCGCCAAGCGCAUGGCGGUGCUCAUUUUCACAGACUUUCUUUGCAUGGCGCCGAUCUCCUUCUUUGCCAUCUCCGCCGCCCUGCGCAUGCCGCUCAUCACCGUGUCUCACUCCAAGAUCCUGCUCAUCCUUUUUUAUCCCAUCAACUCCCUCUGCAACCCCUUCUUGUACACCAUCUUCACUCGAGCUUUCCGGAAGGACGUGUGCCGGCUGGCGAGUCGCUGCAGCUGCUGCCGUGCCAACGCCAAUUCUUGCAGAUCAAAGGCAUCACAGCAGGCCUGCGCCCGCAGAGUGACCAGCCAGAAACCACACUCGCUUAACUUCUAUGCCUAUCACAUUAAGAUGAAGGGCUGCUUUCUUAGUGAAGGAGCCACGUGAUCUGCUGUUUGCAAACGUUUGAAAAGCUAGAUCAAAAUGGAGAGUUAGCAGGUUCUUUGUGCUCAAGGUAUCAGAUCUGUUUGCAAUCUGGGAAUGUUAUCAUCUGAAACUCUUCAAAUUAGUGCAACAGGUGCAACUGCACUUACUUUCUUUGAGGAUCAGAGGAGACCGUCAGUGUGUUCACCCUUGUGUUGUCUUGCGGGUAAAAACUGACCCACUACUAAGUGUAUUUGUAGAAAAAAAUACCUUAACCUAUCCUUUCACAACUUGAACUUUUGUGACUUUAUUUUGAAAUGAGUCCAUCCGAAAGUGACACUUUGAUUUGUUUUGUUUUUGUGGGCGGUACGCCGCUAAAGCACUGAGUUUUUCUUACGCAGGGCUGGCAAACCCUGGUUUUCAAGAGCCCCAACCCUGAACUCCUGAUGCUGACAACCUAAAUCAGGUUCGUUUAGACAAUCAGGAUGUGGAAUCACUCGAUUCAGCUAAUCAGAAGCAAGGUGCUCAGGGACAACUGGAAAACAGACACGGGUGGGGCUCUUGAGAGCCAGGGUUGGCCAGCCCUGGUCUUAUGAGUCACUUUUAUCCCAUGAAUUGUAAAAGCAUUGAAAUAAGAAAAAGUUUGAAGGUCGUAGACAAACUUUCUACUUCACAGAUACACAUACAUAUACGCACAGAAAUGCAGGUGUACACAGCCAUCUUUGAGGCUCCGUACAAGACACUAUACUCCACUAUACUCUUACACAAAUAUUACUAUUACAGUCAUACACAAACACUUUGAUACUUAUACACAAAUGCUAUCAAUCUCAUAAGCUACAGACAUACCAGGCACAACACAGGUUCUUGAACAUGCAUUUAGUCGAUGUGGUUUCACACUGGACAACCAGGGAGGGGCUUCUUCUUUAGCUUAUUCUACAAGCGCAUGUCCGCCACUUACAGCUGGAAGAGGCUUGGUGCAAAAUGUCGAAGCGGUGAAAAUCCUGCUCCAGGCUUUUUCUUUCAGACUUGGUGUCAUUGAACUCCAGCCGGGCACAAAUCGCCAUUUUUAAUUUCUCCUCCAUCAUCAAUUUUCAAGUUUCCAAAUGUCUCUACCAAAUCAGCGAAAAUGAUUGGUCAAAGUUUGUCCUGGUUUAACCCGUUCAAUGGACGCCCGUUUUGUCCAUGGAGCCC